CACCCGCUUUUAAGUCUCAUUCUUUUCUUCAACUUCAACUCCAAUCUCGAUUGCUUCCCGUCCAUGCAGCAUAGCCACAUCAAUUCUCCCCAAAAUUUCCGGCCCCCAAAACCUGUUGAGAAUGGCCCAGCACGAUGAUAAUUCACUGGCUUCCCGUGGAAGACAACAGGCAAACGUCGCAAUAGCCUUCCUUGUUCUCGCGUGGGUUUUUGUUGCAUUGCGAGUAUGGACACGAAUCUAUGUUAUUGCCAACUUCGGUUGGGACGACCGAACAAUGAUUCUCGCCACCAUGAUAUUCACUGUCUAUUGCGCGGCAAUGUUUUUUCUCGAGGCCCACGGUGGAGGGACUCAUGUAACGAGCGUGGCUCAAAUGAUUAAGCUUAUCAAGUGGACUAUUGUUGGAGAAGCUACAUACCUUCUCACAAUCCUCGUGCUUAAAAUCUCCCUGGGCAUAUUCUUUUCGCGCAUUAUCGUUAAGCGCUGGCAAGCUGGGACAAUCUGGAUUACCGUUGGUAUUAGCAUUCUCUCCGGUACUUCCUCGCUAUUCUACGUCUUUUUCAGAUGCGGCGCCAACCUAAAUCACUACGUCUACCGCCAGCUGGAAAACAAAUGCACCUCACGAGGACUAGAUCGAUUCUUUGCCUAUCAGCAGGCCUCAUUUACUACACUUACGGACUGCAUAUUUGCAACACUUCCCAUAUUCAUUCUGUGGAAUUCUGGGAUGGACACACGUUCGAAAAUAUCAGUUGGACUCAUUCUCUCCCUAGCUGCGCUUGGCUGCAUAUGCUCUAUCAUUCGCUUCCAGUAUGUGGAUGGUCUGACACAAAUCGAAGACUUCUACUGGAACGCCACGAACGUUGCAAUAUGGUCCACGGUAGAGCCUGGGUCAGGCAUUGUAGCAGGUUGUCUUGCGACGCUCCGGCCGUUCUUGAAGCGAUUCAUUACUACAGCACGAUCAGUACGAUCAGCGACGGCCAAGCAACUCUCCCGCUCCCUUCGAUCAAGUGAACCUGGCUCGGACUCAAAAUGUCCCACUGAAAGCAAUAUGAACCACACAGCCGCUAAUAGGUCGUGCCGAAACACAAACGACGCAUUUUCCAAGCAUGGGGAAUCUUUCGAAUUGAAGUCAGAAGCGAACAGAAAAGAUGGUGAGAGCACAGAUUACAUCCUCACUCAAACAGACGAGUUUGAUGGGUCGUGGGCAGCACAACAAUCUCGCGGCAACCUCGCUCUGGACCGACGAAGCACACGAACAAGUGGAGGACUGAGUGGCACACACUCCAUGGACCCACUUUGGCCCCCAAUUCCGACUCAGGGCACCUCUAACGACGAGAUCGUCUGAAACUCGACCGACUUUCCACCUAUCAGCUCUGGUUUAGCAUCUACAGGAUCACCACAAUACACACCAUAAUAGCAUUAUCCGGCACUUCUAGCCCCAGACUUUAGCUCUACAUAUGGUGUUUCAAGGCUGCCCAGAAUGGCUCGCAUACCGAACUCGUUUCUUCCUGCAUGACUACCCGUUGUAC